AUGAUGUCGGAGAAGGAACCAACAAGAAUUGACUCCGAGGAUAAGCAGUUGUCCCCAGUUUUCACGUUCAAUGCUAGUAUUAUUUCCUAUUUGCAUUCAAUUUUUGCAUAUUCAUCAUUCUUAGCAGCUUUGGCUGUGGGAUCAUAUUUACACUAUUAUAAAAUUGUUCAAAAUUCAUCGUAUGGGUAUCCUGAUGAAUGGUUCCCAAGUGUAUCCGCCACAAUUGGUGAUAGAUAUCCUGAGAGAUCAGUAUUUCAAAUUAUCAUCGCGUUAACCGCAGGUCCAAGAUUUUUGUUGUUGAUAUUUAACUUUAUCAGUCUUUACAGACCAAACAGUUCUUUGCCAUAUAUUGCAUUGAUUUCUGGGACUUUAAGAACUUUCACUGCCGGUGGUUGGAUGUAUAUUACUUCAACCGAUGACCAUGAUGCUCAUGAUAUUUUUAUGAUUUCGUAUAUGGUCUUGACUAUUCCAUGGACUGUUUGUACAACUUUGUUGUCUCCAAAACCUUCAACACAAAGAAGUGCCAGAUUUUAUUCUGCAGUAGCAUUUUUUGGUACUAUUUUCCCGUUGAUUUACUGGUUUAUUCAACAUAAAGUUCAUGUUGUCGCCGGUGCCUAUUCUAUUUACGCAUACUUUGAAUGGGGAUUGAUCUUCUUUGAUAUUUUAUUUGAUGCUUGGUCAGCAAUAGAUUUCAAAAACAUUGAUGUUCUGAUUUCAGGUAAAGGAAUUCAAUUGGAAAACAAGACUAAAUCUGACGUCAAAACCAGUCAUGUACCAGUCGUCGAAGGUAAAAAAGUGACUAUUAAUGAUGAAUUCUCCGACGUUGAAGUUUACAUCAAUUUGAUCAAUUCAUACAUGUAUUGGUCAGUUGCAACUUCUUUGAUUUUGUGUAUCUGGUAUUUUCCAUUGUGGCACAUGGGUAUCUCUGGAUAUGAGGCAGCUAUUUUAUGUUUCUUCUUGGCUCCUUUGAUUUUAUUACUUCCAUUUGUCAGACGUUUCUUUAUUGCUUAUCCUUGCAUUGCUAGAACAUUAACUGUAGUUUUUGGUAUUGGUGCUUAUAAGGUUCAAGACCCAGAACAAAGACUCUUGAGUAUCACAGCAGGUACAAGUUUUGGAGUUAUUUCAGUUGUUACUGAAUUUGCUGCUGUUAGUGACUACCCUAAAAAGCUAAACUCUUAUGUUUCUACUUUUAUUUUGGGUGCUUUGACUACUUCUAUUUUCAAAUUUAUGUUUUAUUCAAAUAAUCCAAUUUGGCCAAUCAUGCAUAAAGAAAACGGAGGAUACAAUGCUACUGGUAUCUUUUUAGGUUUACUUGGGGCUUUCUUUACUCUUAAAGAGAAACCUGUUGCCAAAGAUCCAAAAUCAUCAACAGUUAAAAAUGGUGGCUCACUUAUUUUAGGUGCUCUUGGUUUCGGGGGUUAUUACUUUUCAAUUCAAUCAUAUUUAACUGAUUCGGGUACUUUAGCCAUUUGGUCUUGGGAAGGUUAUCCAAUCAGGGGCCCAACUCCAGUCACUGGGGCUUUACCUCAUUUUUUUGCUAUAAUUGCUGCUAUUGUUAUUGCAACAAAGCUGCAUCCAAACCUUUUUAGUGGUUGGGGAUAUAACAUCAUUGUCGGAGGAGGAAGUGCCUUUGUUUUGUAUUCAUUCAAAAACUGGCUCGGGUUCUUUGGUGCAGUUGUUUAUACUUUUUACUUGACUUCAAUUAGUCCAAUUAUUUGGAAUUCUGUUAAAGGUUACAAUAUUGGUGGUGUAUUCUUUUUGGGAUACUUUGUUAGUAUUGUUUUAGCAUUGGCUAGUGUUUGGAUUGUUGCCUACGCUUUUGUGCCUGGUGGUCCAUUGCUUAGGGAAAGAACUGAUAUUGUAUUGGGAAGUUCAUUCGUUGCUAUUUUACCGGGUGUUUUGAACUACAGAUUACGUAGUGAACAAUUAACAAAAGUGAAGUUUAGUAGUUGCAGAAUUUUGAGACAAACUUUAACUAUUGUAACUGCUUUAUCUGCUUUGGCUAUAGCUAUUUUCAUCAGAAGAUAUCCUACUGAACCAUUCAAGCCAUAUAAUGAAGAUUCAAAAUCUUUUACUGCUGGUAUCUGGUGUGUCCAUUUUGGUUUGGAUAAUGAUAUGUGGUCAUCUGAAACCAGAAUGAGAGAUUUGAUUAAAGAUGCCGAACUUGACAUUGUUGGUUUAUUGGAAUCUGACACCCAAAGAUUAAUUGGUGGCAAUAGAGAUUUUACUCAAACAAUUGCAGAAGAUUUAGGAAUGUAUGUCGACUACGGUCCAGGUCCUAAUAAGCACACAUGGGGUGCAGCAUUGUUGUCUAAGUUCCCAAUUAUUGAAUCUACCCACCAUCUUUUACCAUCACCUGUUGGUGAAUUAGCUCCUGCAAUUCAUGCUACGUUGGAUAUUUAUGGAGAAUUAGUCGAUGUUGUUGUCUUCCAUUCUGGUCAGGAAGAAGAUGUUGAAGAUCGUAGAUUACAAAGUUUGGGUAUCCAGGAAAUCAUGGGUAACUCCACUAGACCAUUAGUUUUAUUGAGUUACUUAGUCACCGAACCAUUAAAAGGAAAUUAUAAUACCUAUGUCAGUGAAAAAUCUAGAGUUUAUGAUAUUGAUAAUACUGAUUGGGAUAGAUGGUGUGAAUAUAUUCUCUUUAGAGAAUUAAAGAAAGUUGCAUAUGCUAGAAUUUCUCGUUCAACAAUCACUGAUACUGAAUUACAAAUUGCUAAAUUUAAAUUAAUGAACGAAGAUGAAAAGCAUGAUGAUGAUUUAGAAUUCUAUUAUGGUAAUAAUUUUGUCAAUGAAGAAGUAAUUGAUGAAAAUUUAAGAAUGCCACAACUUUUCAGAGGUGAUGGUGUUAGAGGGCAUAGAUACCAUGUUUUUGAUGAACCAAGAUAUUUCGCUCAAGAAAAAUGGCAAAGAGAAACUAGUCAAGAUGAUGAAGAAGUUGAAGGUGAAGUAGAGCCAAAUGCUGAAUAG